UAGAAAGAUCUCUUAGUAAAAGCAUUUGUAAUCCAUGAGCCAAGUUACCACUGCGUUAGACAAUUUUCAAUCUGCAAAUAUCCAUAGAUAAGUCUGAUGACCCUCGAAAUAGCGUGAGAAUUUCAGCCAAAAAGAAAAUGUUGACUGAUUAAGAUACUGCAUUUUCAAGGAAAUUCGAUUUUGGUCAGUGCUUAUUUAAUACAAAUUUGGUAUCUCAAUGAAUGAACAUUUCUUUUUGGUCACUGCUGAUUUCAGAUUCGUCAUUAAAUCAAUCAACGGAUGAAGUUCGGUUAAUUUAUUAUUGAAUGAAUACUAAAAGAUGUCGAAAAAUCACUAAAUCAGUUCAUGGGCACGAUUCUUUUCAAGCCUUUUCUACUCUAACCCAAGCUUUUAUUGUUGCUCUAAUAUGAGUCUAAACGCUGAAGAUCAGAUCAUGUAUUUUCCUUGCAGGAUAAAAAAUACCUUGAAAAUAUAAGUUUUUCUAUGUUUAGAUGUAGCAGAAGAAUCGGCUAUCUCGAAAGGUAAGUUAAAUUUUCUUUAACUUCAAAAAGAAAAUCAAACAUGAUUGAUUUAAGAUUAUGAACAUACAACGGACAUCAAUCAUGAUUUUGUUGAUAUUACUUCAUUUGAGUAAGUUUGUUUUUUAUUAAAAAAAUAUUUGAAACUGAUUGCAUAUUUUUCUUUCUCUUAGUGAAACGACGGAGUCUAUUCAGGUAAAAUUAACUAUAUCCAUGAAGAAAUAGUAAUAAAUAUGUUCUAAAUAUGGUCACUAUAGUAAUCCGAAAUUAAGUCCGGAAAUGAUCCGAGUCGACUGAUCGAGUUUUGAUGUGAUUCAACAGAUUUUCUUCUGUAUUACCGCAGAAAAAUGAGAUUUUCUGUAAAUUGAGUUAGUUGUAUUUGAUUCUUCUUGCAGCCUGGUGCUCGAGGUAAUCGUGUGUAUAUUCUAUCUAACUGAAUUUAUCUAAGCUUUUUGACAUUUGAAGAGAUCGGAUUCAAAAGUUUUCUUUUUAAAUUAAGAAUCAGGAAAAUGAUUUUUGGCAAAAUUUCGUUUUAAACCCAGUGAUAAGAAAUGGUUAAAUUAGAUAAAUACUAGUAGUAAAUAAAAUAAAAGUUGCACAUUCAAUAGAGGCUGUUUAGAAAAGGAUAUUUCGGCACCAAUCAAGUGCUAAGUGAACAAUUUGCUUUUUUUCGAAUCUGUGAAAUAUCUGUAUCUCACAGAUUUGCUCUUCAAGAUAAUUAACGAGAAUAUGAUGUUACUAUUGAAAUUAGUUUUGUGCAGAGUGCGUAAAAAAUAUUUUUCCAUCGGGAUAUUGCUGACUUAUGAAGGCAUCCAUGAAGGAGCGCAGCAGCUGAGGCACCGGUCAAAAUUUUCAUUUUUUAUGUCCGUUUCAAAGGUCAUAGUCUAAAACUACAACAACCUAAGUUUUUAACUCAUUUGGUUGUACUAUAGUAAAGUUACUCAAUACCAACUUAUGAGCGCUCAACCUAUUAUCAAAAAUACUCCGUAAAUAUUUAUUAACAUUGUCCUUCAACAAAUCAGAUAUUUGUUCAUUGCACAAAAUACUAAAAAAUAGAGAGUUGAUCAUUGAAAAAAAUGAGCUAUUUAGUCCAACAAAAGUGAGAAUUGCCACUAUUAAUGACUUUAAAACGGUCGAUUUUUGACAAUAUAUCAGCUACCGGUUUCUGAAAAGAAACGACUCCAAUGUGAUUUUUAUGCAUAUUAUGUAUAUUUUGAUUCUCUACGACAUGGUCAAAAAAAUCGGAAAAAAAAGUUAUCCAUCGAAGUAAAAUAGCGUCUACAUGUCUUUCUUACAUAGCAAUUUUUGAUAAUUUUUCACAAAAACCAAAUAUUUUUAGCGGUCUUUCAUUGAUAAGACACGAUUUUCAGUCAGAAUGAUUGCGAUACUCGGAAUCACCAUCGAUGAUGUGAAUGUGCGUAUAGCCAAGACUCAUAUGCAGACCCACACAUUUAUCUCACAUUUUUUGACUAAUUUUACUAUUGUACAAUCCAAUGAGCUAAAAAUUCAUGCUUGGUAGUUUUAGACUAUGACUUUUCAGGUGCACAAAAAAUGAAAAAUCUAAAUUUUCACCGAUGUCUCGUAUACGGUGAUGACACUCGAUCUUCUCAUGGAUCUUUUCUUAAAAUAGCAUCUGUAACAAAUUCUAUACCAAAUGAAAGGGUGUCGAAAAUGGGAUCGGUUAAUGCUAAAUAGUAAAGGUUAUGGUAAAUUUAAGCAUCGAAUGAUGAAUAUCAUCAAUAGUCCGUAUGGCAAACAGUAGGCCAUCUUUACAGUACGAAGAUGAGAUGAAUAUGAAUGUUACAUAGUUUCAAAUAGUUUAAUGUCUGUCAAAACAUUUAAAAUUUGUUUUUCACAGUUAUUUCAUUGUAACGGUUGUGAUCCAUCACUGAUAGAAUAUUUUUUCAGUUUCAUUUUCGCCUGUAGUUCCAAUAUUUUCGAUCCAGGUGUAAACUGUACUGUGUUAUUCAUCAUUUUAAAUGAGAUCUAGUGGGAACUGCCUUCAUGAAAAUAAUGUUUCUUUAUAAAUAUGGUGUAAAAUUCUAGGAAUUUUCAAAAUUCGAUACUGCAAAUUUACCAUAAUAUUUACUAUUUAGCGUCUCUAGAUUUCAUUUUCGAUGCGCUUUAAUUUGGUUAAAAUUAGUUACAGAUGCUAUUUUAAAUCAUAGCGUUAUCCCCUGGAAAAAUAUUUUUAUUCACCCUGUACACAUAAAUUAGAAUUUUUCGAGUUUAAAUAUUUUCAUUAAUAAACUUCGUCUUGUAGCGAAGUUCUAUUUUCAAAUACAUAACACCUCAUUUUUAAUGAAAUAUUAUAUGAAAUCAGUUUACAUGAAUAUCAUGAUUUUCUGUAUUGUAUGAAAUAAGUUUAACGUCGUAUUUAAAUAUUCAUUAUAUUUUUUCAGGAUCAACAUGAAAAUGAAGUAGAAGUGGUAGAUAAACAAAUAUUAUAUAGAAGUAUUGUUAAAAAAUGUUCAUUAACAUUUGAUGGAGCAUAUGGUCUUACUCAAGCAAAUCAUUCUAUUGAAUUUUGUGAUCAUCGAACAACUCGUCGAAUCGAAUUAUAUCUCCAUUUCAUGUACAAGCAUCGAAUAAAAAAAGUUUAUGCUCAACGUUUGGUACGAGCUGUUGCCGAUAAUAAAGAUCCUAGGAAGACAAAAUUGUUUGAUGAAAAUGAAAAUGUAAUUGAUCAUUUUUAUAAAGUCGCAUGUCCUUUUUUUCAUGGACGAAUUAAUUCCCUAAAAUCUAGUCAACAAAAUGUAAUGGUUUCACCAUGUCAACGUCGUUUAAUUGCAUUUAAUAGAUUAACAUAUCAUUUACGACAUAGUCAUAAGAUUUCGAAGUCAUCGGCACAAAAAAUAGUUGAUGGUUUCAAAAAAGAUCGAGCAAAAAAUGAUAUUGCUUUGGCUCCAUUAAUUACAUCAAUAUGA